AUGGACCCUUAUCCGGGGGACGUUGACAUGGAAGGAUCUAGCAGCAUCAUGCUUGAGCUACCCAAGGCCAGAAUCAGACGGGUGCAGACAGGAUGUUUGACAUGCAAACGACGCAAAAAGAAAUGUGACGAGAUGAAGCCUCGAUGCGGUGAUUGCCAAAGACUUUGUUUGGGAUGUUCAUGGCCUCCGCAAAGGCAGAGUAGAGAGAGGCUCAAUAGCUGGGCUAGUGAGUCAUGGCUGGGCGGGGAUCCAGUCAAUGAGCUUCCGUCAGACCGAUGUCAAAGUCCACAACAGUUGACCAACUCGCCUCAAUCAACCCUUGACCUCAGCAUCGCAGACCUGCUCUGUCAAAUGUCAGGUGCCAUCUCUUCAGAUGUGCAUGAUGCCAACAUAGGGGACUCGCUCCAAGAUCUGUCCUGGAAUAUCUCACCCGGCUCAGCAUGGCUCGACAUCCUCCCAGAUACACCGUCUGCGACUGAAAGUCCUCAAGAAAGUCUCUUGAAUACGACGCUCAGCCUAUAUACACCAAGCCUUCUGCCAGACGUGACAUCUCCGCAUGAUAAGGCGUUACUCAACCACUACUCAACAAUUGUCGCUUUCGUAUUAUCCCGGCAUCCAAGCACUGCUUCAAAUCCUUACACAAGUUACAUCCUACCAAUGGCCAUAUCGAACCAACUAAUCCUCCAUUGUGUACUCGCAUUGAGUGCGACUCAUUGGCAAAAGCUCCAACCAGACAUGCGAGAUCGGGCAUUGCUUCAUAAAGGACAUGCAACGCAGUCUCUUGCUAAUCUACUACCACAUGUUGAUUCCAACUCUGUAGAUAUUGCCUUGGUCGCUUGUCUGUUACUUUGCAUGUCAGAACUGUUUGACGGCACGUCGGCUGGUUGGAAGCUCCAUCUACAAGGAGCGAAACGCCUUUUGUCCACUUUGGAGACUCAAAAGAGUGCUAACCUAUCCAGUGGUCAUUUCAAGUUCUUUGUCAAGCUGGCGCGCUUUCUUGAUAGUGCAGCGACGACCAGCACUUGCAAACCUCCGCUCAUCGACGAUUCAACAGUAAAGGCUUUACCAGAAUCGACAGAAAAUUCCAGCGCGGAUGAUGCAGCAAUCUAUGGGAUACCUAAGGAGCUGUUCCACAUGGUUGACCGCGUUAACAAUCUAGCCAGUAAGCGAGGAACAAGAGUUGAUGAAAUAUCAGAAGCAUUGUUUCGCCAAGAGGCGGAAAGGGUCCAAGGCCUACUCGAUAGCUGGGCAUACGACUACGGAGGCCUCACUGGCGCUGUUAUCUCACUCUCUCCAGAGAAUGACGACGUACUUCACGCAACAAUCGCAUAUGAGUGGGCGCUUCGACUUCGACUCCACCAGAUCACUGAAGGUUACUCGACAGAUGAAAAGUACUCUAGAGCAGAGAAUCGUGGUACAGGACAGACUUAUGGUAAUGGAGCGGACUUGUGGUUUCGGCUACAUCCAUCAGAGUCGAGAGUUGGUAGAAACUGUCUGGAAAAGGAGGGAAACGGAGUCAAUGGUCAAUUGGGCUAG